ACCCAUGGCCUUAAAGAGAGAGGGAAAGCUCUGAAUGUCGACAGGGAGGCAGCUGCGUUUUUAAUCCCCGAUCCCUUUUGGUCUCUGCAUCGUCGGAUAACCAACUAAUUACCCAUCUCCCUUCCGUUCAGUCUCUGUCUGCGACGUUGAGAGAGAAGAAGCUCUCUGUAUUCCAUCUCAGCACGCGGGACUUGCUGCGGAGAGACUACAAAGAGUACGCAUUCAACGUGCCUGUGAUAAAAGUGGGUCUUUCCACCGUCCCACUUCGCCUCUCCGCAUUCUUUGCAUCAUCGAGUUAUCCCAUGAAAGAAAUUCAAGAUUGGCUCACCGAAAGAGAUCUUAGCGUUCUCGGCAUACUCACUACUUUUCGGAGCAAUGAAGGCAAGGGAAGGCGGGAGCAACUUUGGAUAGUCAAGGCAGACGAAGGCAUCACAGAGACACUUUGGCAAGGCCUCGAAUCAAGCGAAGAGCUUCAGCUAAAAAGGCUUGAUUUCUCAAAGUUCGUGGGCAACGCCAACGCGGCUGAUGAACCUGAGGUCGACGAUACCGAAGACGUAAUGGCCGAUGAAACGCGAUUUGGUGAUUCAUUUGUUGCGAGGGCUUACGAGCAGGGCAACGCGAGCGCGACGAGGAAGCAGACUGCCCCCAUUAUCCGGAGACUUAUAGAGGGGCUAUGAACUCGUGAGGUGAUUGUUUGACACAGUUUGAAACUCUCAUACCUGAUAUAUUCGAUGCAUAUGUAUUAAGAAAUCAAAUGAACCCAUGCAAAUUUAACGAUUGUCGUGUCGGAUUGCCCUUGCGUUUCUCCAUAAUCAAUUAAGACCUUUUGCCCUUCAUUCAUGCCAUGGUUGCAUGACCAGCUUACGCAUUCGAG